CGCUCCUCGCGACAAAUCCACUCCGCUCUUUACGGACCGUUUCCCCACGAAUUAAAGCCUCCACGCAGAUUUCUCACCAUGAAGCGCGCGGUGUUCCAGCUCGGUCGCUCUCUGCCUCGGUUCCUUCACUCCGGCUCCAAACUCACGUCCUCCACCGCCGCCUCCAAACUGAAGGGCGCCGCUCUCACCUCGGAGGACAUCUUCGCCCGAGAGGACAAGUACGGAGCCCACAACUACCACCCGCUUCCCGUGGCUCUGGAGCGCGGAGAGGGCAUCUACGUGUGGGACGUGGAGGGGAACCGUUACUACGACUUCCUGAGUGCGUACAGCGCGGUAAACCAGGGCCACUGUCACCCAAAGAUCGUGUCCGCGCUGACGGCUCAGGCCUCCAGGCUCACCCUCACGUCCAGGGCCUUUUAUAACGACGUCCUGGGAGCCUACGAGGAGUACAUCACCUCGCUGUUCGGGUACGACAAAGUACUGCCCAUGAAUACAGGGGUUGAAGCUGGAGAAACGGCCUGUAAACUGGCUCGUAAAUGGGCCUACACCGUGAAGGGCGUCCCCAAGAACCAGGCCAAGAUCAUAUUUGCGGAUGGAAACUUCUGGGGCAGGACGAUGGCGGCGAUUUCCAGCUCCACCGACCCGAGCAGCUACGAGGGGUUUGGGCCGUACAUGCCCGGGUUUGAGCUCAUCCCGUACAACGACGUCCCCGCUCUGGAGAAAGCCCUCCAGGACCCAAACGUCGCGGCGUUUAUGGUGGAGCCGAUCCAGGGAGAGGCCGGAGUCGUCGUGCCCGACCCGGGAUACCUCACCAAAAUAAGAGAGCUCUGCACCAUGCACAACGUGCUGUGGAUCGCAGACGAGGUGCAGACCGGUUUGGCUCGGACCGGGCGGCGUUUGGCGGUGGACCACGAGAACGUCCGACCUGACAUCGUGGCUCUGGGGAAGGCGCUGUCCGGAGGAGUCUACCCUGUGUCCGCGGUGCUGUGCGACGAUGACGUCAUGUUGACCAUUAAACCCGGAGAACACGGCUCCACGUACGGAGGAAACCCUGUGGCCUGUCGGGUCGCUAUCGCCGCCCUGGAGGUUCUAGAGGAGGAGCGUCUGGCGGAGAACGCGGAGAGGAUGGGUAAGAUCCUGAGGUCGGAGCUCAGCAAACUGCCCAAAGACAUCGUGACCGCAGUGAGAGGCAAAGGGCUGCUCAACGCCGUCGUCAUCAAGGAGACCAAAGAUUACGACGCGUGGAAGGUGUGUCUCCGUCUCCGCGACAACGGGCUCCUGGCCAAACCCACUCACGGCGACAUCAUCCGCUUCGCCCCGCCCCUCACCAUAUCCGAGCCGGAGCUGCGGAACUGCAUCGACAUCAUCAACCGGACCAUUAUGUCAUUUUAAACCUCGCAGAUAUUUAUGUUAAGUACUGCGUUUGACCCGGAACUGCAGUAUUUGUCCAGGUUUGGGUGAAUCUGACCAGUUUAGAGGAAAUUAGAUCAUUGGACUUGUUUCAUCACAUUAUAAGGAUUUAUAUUUCUCUGAGUUAAAGAGAGGAACUUUAAUACGUCACUUUUAAUUUAUUCUAAUUUAUUUUAUUUAACUUCCUGGUUGUGCGGUUGAAUCGGGCGCGUCGUGGGCGUUCAAAUAUUUACGUAUCUCUGUGAUCUGGUCGUGCGUCUGACCCAAUCUGAGCUCCUCCGUCCUGUCCGUCAGAUCAGAUCAUUUACUGAGUGAUUAAAAUGUUGUUAAAAUACGACACGUUUGACCCGUAACUAUUUCUGCGGCGUCGCUACGUUUGUUUCCAUUCUUUUGGCUCCGCCCCUGCGGUCAUGCUGCCCUGUGAUUGGUCCGGUCUCUGAUCUAACGGUGGGUGGACUGUCCGGUGUUUCUGAAAACUCAAAUCGCAAACGAAUUCAUCCUGUGGAAAGUUGUAAAUCAGGAAGAACGGGUCAAAUGCUCCAGUGAAGGUAGAGCUGAGCGAGACGAGGUCAAGAUCUAGAGAUGGACCCACCGCUCCUGACGGGUUUAACAAAGAGACAGUGAAAGACGGGUCAAGUGCAGGUUUAACUAAGACCCUGAAGGACGGGUCAAGUGCAGGUUUAACUCAGAGACACUGAAGCAUGGGUCAAAUACAGGCUUAACACAGAAAAACUUAAAGAUGGGUCAAUUACAGGUUUAACUCAGAGACAUUGAAGCAUGGGUCAAAUACAGGCUUAAUUAAGAGACACUAAAGGAUAGGUCAAAUACAGGCUUAAUUAAGAGACACUAAAGGAUGGGUCAAACAGGCUUAAGUUAAGCCUGUGUUUGACCCGUCCAUCAGUAUCUCUUAUGUAAGAGACACUGAACCAUGGGUCAAAUGCAGGCUUAACUAAGAGACACUGAAGGGCGGGUCAAAUGCCGGGUUAAAUGAGAGAUACUGAUGGACAGGUCAAAUGCAGAUUUAACUCAGAGACACCGAAAGAUGAGUCAAAUGCAGGUUUAACCGAGAAACACUGAAGAACAGGUCAAAUACUAAGAGACAGUGAAGGACGGGUCAAAUGUAGGUUUAACCCAGAGAGACUGGGUCAAAUGCAAAUGCACUUUCAACUUAAAUUGUCUUGAAAGUUUUGUAUAAAAGUAAUGAAACAAGUCCAGUGAUCUGAGGAUCCUCACGGGUCAAACCGACUCAAAUCCACAUUCAGAUUCUACACUCAUGUCGUUUUAACUUAAAGCGGCGCUGUGUAACUUUUCUUGUGCGCGUAUCUCCAUGGAGACGAGCAGGUGACACCCAACAGACCGAGUUACAGCUCAGAUCCACGUUUUAAAGACUGUUUUGUUUUGUUUGUUUUUUUGCGUGAGGACAGCUGUAACCGAACAAGACGAAGACGAGUUUAAUGUCAAACUACGGGACAUUCGGUAAUAUCUCCAUGGAGACGGGCAGGUGGCAGCAGACCGUGCACCAGAAAAGUUCCACAGUGCGCCUUUAUCUCACUCCAAAACCCGUAUUUAACCUGAAAGGAUGAAGGCGUUGGAAAGAGGCUAUUUUUGCACAGAUCAAACUGCUGUAGCGAGGAAACUUUAGCUCGUUUUGUAU